AUGAAGAUUCCUACUGAGGCCUUGUAUGCUUUCCUGGGAGAUAAGGCAGAGGAAGUUAACCUGGCAGUAUUUUGUUUUGAGCAUGACAGCCUGUUCCCGGUAAAUCAACAGUAACAACUACAACAUCUCAGAGAUGACUAAUGAAACAGACCUGCACUCAUAACACACAUAGACAUUUCAGGACAUCCUCAUUUCAAGCAAAGCACAGAAAAACAUCUGUGGUACUUUCUCAUUUUAACUCUAGUAUGUGAAUCAUGUAGUGACAACAAAUUGGUAUAAACAUACACUGAUGUUAUUAGUGCACAUUUGAAUGAAGCCCUGAAGCAAACUGCAUCGUGACAGCCUGCUAUGGAAAUUGGCUUCAUUUAUUUAAAGGGUAUUUUUAGCAUGUUGACAGUUCUGGGAAGACCCAACAAACACUUGCGUCUCUGUCAUCUAUGUAAAGUUGCAAUGCAAACUUCUGUUCUCUCUUCUGAUCCUUGGCUAGGUGGAGGAGAACGACGAUGAGCUCCUAAACAGCUGAGUGGUGGCCAUCGAUGUGGGAGAGGACAUCUCAGGCCUCACUAACCAUAUAAAGGUCACAUUCCUCUUCCAGAAUGCAUCACUGGUUAGUGAGCAGUGCAUAUUCACAUCACAAUCAACCGUCACAGUCUCGUUUUCAUUUAUUUCAUGAUUACUAUUAUUUUCCUGUCUGUAAUCCAACAAUUGCUUUACGGCCCCAAUAAUUCAUGUUCACAUGUUUAUGAUAUGGUGUGGAUUGGAAUAGGACAGUGACUAAUCAGGUUAUUUUCUCUGAUAGGAAAACAAAUCACUAACGUGUGUUCUGGGAUGUUGAAAAUGGUAGUAUUAUGAAUUAACUAAACAAUAUAGUUUUAUGACGCACUAUAUACAACAAAAUGAUAUGUUGAAAAUGUUUUACUGUAUCUCUUUGUUUCACGGAUACGGUUGCACAUUGGAAUUCCUCUGGAUGUGUCACUGAGACAAAGGAAAAUGAAACAUUAUGCUCUUGUGACCACCUUUCAUUCUUCGCAGUACUUAUGGCGAGAAAUCAUUUCUUAACCUAACUCUUAAAAUAUGUUGUGACCUCACGUUAACAGACUUUCGAUCAAUUAAAUUGAACAAUCAAUCAAAGGGUGAUCUAGCCCCUGUGUGUGUGUUGACGGCAGGCACCAGGCAGUGUCUCUAGUGCCAGUCUGAGCUCGUCCUCUGAGUGCUUGCUGAAAUUGUUGUCCAGGGUGGGCUGUGGAAUAUCCUUCUGUUUCCUAUGUCUGGCUCUCCUCAUCCACCUCAGGUCACAUUCUACCAACAGCUACUACUUACGUUCAUGACACAUGCAAAUAACUAGCCACCACACACAAUGCCACUCAAACAGAACAUCCUCAUUGGAAAAACACGUUUUGUGAUUCAAAGUACCCUUUUUACAUCAGCAGUUGUCACACAGUGCUUUUACAGUAACCUGACCCAAAAGUGGAAGCAGAAGAAACCUAGAUAGGAACUGCCAUAACAAUGAGAUUUGCUAUGUUGUUGAUUUUGACAUUAGAUUUCAUUAUAACUUCUUCCUCCAGAAGGGGUAAAUCUGAUGAUUCCCUGUGCAUCCACAUCCACCUGUGUGUGGCGCUGUUGUGCCUCAACCUGACCUUCCUCACCAACGACAGCCUAGCCUCUCUUGGCGUCCAUGGCCUGUGUGUUGCUACAGCAACAGCCACCCACUACUCCCUGCUGUGUACCCUCACCUGGUUCUCCCUGGAAGGCUUCCACCUCUACCUGCUCAUCAUCCGGGUCUUCAACAUCCACAUCAACAGAUACCUCCUCAAACUGGGCCUGGUAGGAUGGGGUGAGUGCAGUAAGUCAAUGGUGAGGACAAGUAUGAUCAGACUAGGCGUGAUCAGUGAGAAGUGAAACCGUUUCACCCAGCUGCACAUGGUAUUGUCCAGCUUGAUCAGCUCCAUGCUGGAGGGAUUUCUGGAUCUUUUCAGCUUUCAUUAAUUUAUUUAAAGUAUCUAUGCUGUCUCUUGGUGUUUGACUCAACUGGGGAACCCAAAUGAAAAUGUUCCUUAUCUCUUUCAGGAAUACCUGGCAUAGUAGUUAUCAUAAUUGUUGCUUGUGGCAAAUAUGGAGAAUACAACAUAUACCAGUAAGACGGUGGUGCUGUUAAAAUGUAAGUAAUAUUAUAAUUAUAAUUAUAUGUGUUUUCAUAUAAUAUAAUAUAUAAUAUAAUAUAAUAUAAUAUAAUAUUUAGCAGACGCUUUUAUCCAAAGCAACUUACAGUCAUGUGUGCAUACAUUUUUACGUAUGGGUGGUCCCAGGGAUUGAACCCACUACCCUGGCGUUACAAGCGCCAUGCUCUACCAAUUGAGCUACAGAGGACCACCACCAAUGACUCCCUUUCUCUCUGUAAAAAACUGACUGACUGUGUCCAUGUCUGUGUAUGUACGUGACUGUGUCUGUGACUGUGACUCCCCCCUUCUCUCCCUCCCUCCCCCUUCUCUCCCUCCCUCCCUCCCUCUCCCUCUAUGUCUGUCUGUCUGUAGGUGCUGGUUGACUGACUCUGCUCUGACCACGGUGUCCUUCUCGUACUUCGUGUUGACAUUCGUGGUGAACGUGCUGUGCUUUGGGUCUGUGACAGUGAAGGUGGUGAGGGCCCACCAUCAGAGUCCAGUCCUGAGGGAGAGUGGUAUGAGCAGGGGGACAGUACUUAGUCUGCUGGGUCUGGCCUGGCUCCUGGGGGUCUCCUGGGGGGUCCUGCUCUUCCAGUUUGGCCCCCUGAAGGAGACAGCCUUCUACAUCUUCUGCACUGUCAACUCUCUCCACGGUGAGAUAAGAUACAGCCCUUGUUCUCAUUCAUAUUUGCAUUUACAUAUCAGACGCACACAUACAUAAACAGUAGCACAAUCCCAUGCAAAUUCAAGGAUAAAAAGCUCAUCAUGGUAAUUUAAUGACUCUAUUAAAUUACUUUUUUGCUAUUAAUGUAAUAGUCCGUAGAUCUAGUAAAUAAAGGCAUGCCAUUAUAAAACACUGUAGGUAAUGUCCUGGUUGUGGCAUUGACAGCAGAUUAACAACCCAGUCUGAUACUGUGGUCUAUGGUCAGGACCUAGGGUCUAUUACACCACUGGGUGUCACUAUUGUAUACAAAGACAGAUUUAUUAUCUUUCAUGAGCAGCUCUUGUAAUUCAGUCAACAUGCUUAGUACGGUUUUGACUAGGUGGUAUACAACUUUUUUUUCGUAGAGGGUUAGGAGAACUUACCCAGCAGAAUAGGACAAUUAACGUAGGAGGUUAGGAGAAUUAGGUUAAGACUAUAAAAAGGGUUAGGGUUAGCUAAAAUGCUCUCCUAACCUGCUACGAAAAGUAACUUCUAUCGAGUCACAACCGCUUAUUACAACCUACAGGCAUCUUCCUGUUUCUACUCUAUUGGGCCUUAACUCCGCCAGAAUAGGCAUCUAUCUCCACGGCAUCCACUGA